AUAUGCUCAACUUAAAAUAUUAUUACCGCAUCAGGGGUACAAACCCAGCGUUUCGGUCUGCAAGUCCUCGAUUGUUGCCUGUUGAGAACCCAAAUCAACGUUGCCACUGCAGUUGGAGGAAUUAAAAGUGAAAAUAUGGUAGUGGCAUUACCGGCGACGCGCCUGCCGCGCGGCGUUCGGCCAUUUGAGCCUGUCGGAGCCACCGUCACCGCGACCGUGCCCGCAACCGCCAACCGAGCCAGCCGCCAUGCAGGCCAGGGCGCAGUUUACCCUCAGGCAUCUGCGCCAUCAGCGGCCUCCACCUUGGGCUUACUUUGCUCAGCCCCGGAACUGGCGCCAGGGCCGGGCCCCAAUAGCCUGUACACGGCCGUGCAGACCUGCGCGGCACCAGGAGCGGCGUCCAGCAGCCGCUGCCGACACCGCAGCGACCGGCGCAGGGGCGUCCUCGCCGCCGCCACACCCAGCCAAGGCCACACCACCGCGCCCCCGCGCCCCGUGGCCUCGGCAAACGGCAACACCGCCCCCAACGGGCUGCCGCCCUCGCCCGCGCCCGGCAAAAGCUACAGCUACAACUAUCCCGCCACCACCACCUCCUCCUCCUCCUCCACCUCCGCUGCCCCCUUCGCACCUUUGGCGGCGUCGCCGCCCGCCACCUCCGACCUCCGCCUGGACCUGUGGCUCAGCCUGCUGCAGGCCUCAGCCUCGCAGAUCUCCGCCGCCGCCGCCCAGCUCACCGCCGCCGCCGCCGGCGCCGCCACGCGGCUCCAGCGCCUGUCCUCCCCGCCGCCGCCCGCCUUCCCCGCCGGCCCCUCCGGAGACCAGACGCUGCCUCUGCUCACCGACCCGCUCCGCUUCCUGACCGACGCCACGGCCACCUACGGCCCGGUGGUGGGGCUGCUGCUGGGCGGGGAGCGGGUGGCGCUGGUGACGGGGCGGGCGGAGGCGCGGGCGGUGCUGGUGGAGGCGGCGGGCGAGGUGUAUGUGAAGGAGGGCACGGCCUUCUUCCCGGGCAGCAGCCUGGCGGGCAACGGUCUGCUGGUGAGCGACGGCCCGGUGUGGCAGCGGCAGCGGCGGCUGUCCAACCCGGCCUUCCGGCGCGCGGCGGUGGAGGCGUACGGCGGCGCCAUGGUGGCGGCCACCGAGGACAUGAUGCGGCGCGUGUGGGGGCCGGCAGGCGGCACUCGGGACGUGUACGCGGACUUCAACGAGCUCACGCUGCAGGUGACACUGGAGGCGCUGUUCGGAUUCGGCAGCGCGGAGCGCAGGCAGCAGCAGCAGCAGCAGGUGGAGGGGCAGGAGGGGGCGGCAGGAGCGGGCGCGGCAGGAGCACAAGCGGCGGGGCCGUCCUUCGCGGCCUCCUCCUCCGCGGCCUCUAGUGAGGACGCGGCUCAGAUUGUGGCGGCGGUGGAGAAGGCCUUCACCUUCUUCACACAGCGCGCCGCCACCGGCUUCGUCAUCCCCGAGUGGUUGCCCACAUGGGACAACCUGGAGUUCGCAGCCGCCGUACAGCAGCUGGACCGCGUCGUGUACGGCAUGAUCAACCGCCGCCGCCAGGAGCUGGCGGCGGCCUUCGGGUCAGUGGCGGCGGCAGCGGACGCGGCGGCGGCGGCAGGCGGCAGUGGUGGCGGCGGCGGCGGCGGCUCGGCGGGUGUUCCGUCUGACCUGCUGACGAGCCUGCUGCUGGCUCGUGACGAGGACGGAAGCGGCAUGAGCGACCAGGCGUUGCGCGAUGAGCUGAUGACACUGCUGGUGGCGGGGCAGGAGACCAGCGCCAUCCUGUUGGGCUGGGCCAGUGCGCUGCUGGCGGCGCACCCCGAGGUGCAGGCGGCGGCGGCGGCCGAGGUGGCGGCGGUGUGCGGCGGGCCCGAGGCGGGGACACCCACGCCCGCCAGCGUGCGGCACAUGCCGUACCUGGAGUCUGUCGUACUGGAGACACUGCGGCUGUACAGCCCCGCCUACAUGGUGGGCCGCUGCGCCCGCCGCGACGCGGCACUGGGGCCGUACGUACUGCCGGCCGGUACGACGGUGCUGGUGUCGCCGUACGUCAUGCACCGCGACCCGGAGGUGUGGGAGGAGCCCGAGGUGUUCCGGCCGGAGCGCUGGCAGGAGCUGCAGCGCAGGGAGGGCUACUCCGGCUACAUGGGCCUCAUGAGCAACCUGGGCCCCAACGGCGCCUACCUGCCCUUCGGCGGUGGCCCCCGCAACUGCAUCGGCACCGGCUUCGCCAUGAUGGAGGCACUGCUGGUGCUGGCGGCGCUGCUGCAGCGCUACAGCCUGGCGCUGCCGCCGGCAGCCGGCAGUAGCAGCGGGGGCGCCUUCCCCAAACCCAAGCCGCUGCUGACGCUGCGGCCGGAGGCGGUGGUGUUGCGGAUCUCGCCGCGGCGGCAGUAGCAGCAGUACUAGAAGUAUUAGUAGCAGCGUUGCUACUAGCUGCUGCUGCUGGUUUAUAAACGCGGCUGGCCGUAAGUAGCAGCAUUUAGUAGCAGCAGCAGAGUGGCCGAACGAGGAGUGGAUACCAGCAGUUCGUAGCAAGUUAGUAGCACAACAGAGUGGCAGCAGAUGCAGGUGUCGGUGCGUGGGCACACGCAUAGGCACACGCGGAGGCUCCGCAGGCUUUGUAGAUAAAUAGGCCUGAGGCUGCUGGAGAGGAGGGGGCUUCGGCCGGAUAAGGAACCGGGGCGAUGAUGUUGCAAGUGGAGCGUAGGCGAGAGUCAAGGGCAAGAUCGAGAGGAGCGGGUGUGAACCGGGGCUUCCAAGUUGUUGGGUGCCGUAUUGGCGGUAUUGCAUAAAUGCAGGUGUGCACGUUUAUAAUGACCGACGAUGCUUAUAACGAUAACAUAUGUGGCGCUGGCGGCUGAUGCAUAUGGGGACUGUAAAACAGCCCAGCCAGGUCGUGGGGAGCGGUACGGGACGGUUGCACCAUUUGCCUUGUCAAGUUGUCAUGGACAAGUCAUCCCUUUCAAUCUUAC